ACCACACACACGGCUCGAGACUCCUAACAACAACACGCCGCCGGGUCAUGUGACCGCGACGCUGCUUCCACGCUUUUCUCUCUCUUUACAUGCCGAGCGGCCCGAGCUGUCUGCUCGCCGGUGACGUCAUCCCGUGCAGCGGCGGAAGAUGGCGGACAGCAUUCCUCUACAACCGGUGCAGAAGAGGGCGGCCUAUUAUACGGCAGAGAGGAAUAAAAGGAGAUAUCAGGUAGAAGAUGAAGCUUCUCCUUUAGAUGAAAUGCCACUUAUGAUGUCAGAAGAAGGCUUUGAAAAUGAUGAAAGUGAUUACCAUACAUUGCCACGAGCCAGAAUUACUCGUCGAAAAAGAGGUUUAGAAUGGUUUGUCUGUGGAGGGUGGAAAUUCCUGUGUACAAGCUGCUGUGACUGGCUUAUAAAUGUUUGUAGAAGAAAAAAAGAAUUGAAAGCUCGAACCGUGUGGUUGGGAUGUCCAGAAAAAUGCGAAGAAAAGUAUCCAAGGAAUGCUAUAAAAAAUCAGAAGUACAACAUCUUUACAUUUGUUCCUGGGGUUUUAUAUCAACAGUUCAAAUUCUUUUUGAAUCUUUAUUUUCUGGUAGUCGCUUGCUCUCAGUUUGUACCGUCAUUGAAAAUAGGCUACUUGUAUACCUACUGGGCACCACUGGGGUUUGUUCUGGCCGUUACAAUGGUGAGGGAAGCAGUUGAUGAAUAUCGCAGGUUCAAAAGGGACAAAGAAAUGAAUUCACAGUUGUAUAGUAAACUUACCAUUCGAGGUAAAAUACAAGUAAAGAGUUCCGAUAUUCAAGUUGGAGACCUCAUCAUAGUGGAAAAGAAUCAACGAAUCCCUGCAGACAUGGUCUUUCUCAGAACCUCAGAGAAGACAGGUUCAUGCUUUAUUCGAACUGACCAGCUAGAUGGUGAAACAGACUGGAAGCUGAAAGUAGCUGUUACUUGUACCCAGAGAUUACCGGCUUUGGGAGAUCUCUUUUCAAUCAAUGCUUAUGUUUAUGCUCAGAAGCCACAACUGGAUAUUCACAGUUUUGAAGGUAACUUUACACGGGAAGAUACUGAUCCAGCUAUACAUGAAAGUCUGAGCAUUGAAAACACGUUGUGGGCAAGCACUGUGGUUGCAUCUGGCACAGUUAUAGGUGUGGUCAUUUACACCGGAAAAGAAACAAGGAGUGUAAUGAACACAUCAAACCCAAAGAAUAAGGUGGGAAUGUUGGACCUUGAAUUGAAUCAGCUGACCAAAGCACUGUUUUUGGCUCUCGUCGCACUGUCCGUGGUCAUGGUAACCUUGCAGGGAUUUGUUGGUCCUUGGUACCGCUACCUGUUUCGGUUCCUCCUGCUGUUUUCCUACAUCAUCCCGAUAAGUCUGCGAGUUAAUCUGGACAUGGGUAAAGCUGCAUAUGGAUGGAUGAUCAUGAGAGACGAGCACAUUCCACGGACUGUCGUCCGAACAAGCACAAUUCCGGAAGAGUUGGGGCGUUUGGUGUAUUUGCUUACAGAUAAAACUGGAACUCUUACACAGAAUGAAAUGGUUUUUAAACGUCUUCAUCUUGGGACUGUAUCUUAUGGCACAGAUACAAUGGAUGAAAUCCAAAAUCAUGUAGCAAGCUCAUACUCACUGGCACCAUCCCAGACAAGUGGUAUCAAUAACAACUCAACACCUUCCCGAAAGGCCCAGUCAUCUGCGCCUAAAGUACGCAAGACCGUGAACAGUCGAGUACACGAGGCAGUGAAGGCGAUUGCCUUGUGUCACAAUGUAACCCCCGUGUAUGAGUCACGGGCCGGAGUGAAUGGAGAAACAGAGUAUGCUGAAGUGGAUCAGGACUUCAGUGAUGAGAAUCGGACAUACCAGGCAUCCAGCCCUGAUGAGGUAGCUCUAGUGCAGUGGACAGAGAGUGUCGGACUGACUCUUGUCAGUAGAGACUUGACCUCCAUGCAGCUGAAGACCCCCAGUGGACAGAUUCUGACAUUUUUCAUUCUGCAGAUCUUUCCAUUUACUUCGGAGAGCAAACGCAUGGGCAUCAUAGUGAGGGAAGAAUCUUCAGGUGAUAUCACAUUCUACAUGAAAGGUGCUGAUGCUGCUAUGACCAGUAUUGUGCAGUACAAUGAUUGGCUGGAAGAAGAAUGUGGGAACAUGGCCAGGGAGGGACUUCGAACUCUAGUUGUUGCAAAGAAAUCAUUAACUGAAGAGCAGUAUCAAGAUUUUGAGAAUCGCUACAACCAAGCAAAGCUAAGCAUCCAUGACAGAUCACUGAAAGUAGCUGCCGUGGUGGAGAGUCUAGAGAGAGAAAUGGAGCUGCUUUGCCUAACUGGCGUGGAGGAUCAGCUACAGGCCGACGUGAGACCAACUCUGGAACUCCUGAGAAAUGCUGGAAUUAAGAUAUGGAUGUUAACCGGGGAUAAGCUGGAGACGGCAACAUGUAUAGCAAAGAGCUCUCACCUCGUGUCAAGGAACCAAGAUAUCCACAUCUUCAGACCAGUGAGUAACCGUGGUGAGGCUCACUUGGAACUGAACGCCUUCAGAAGAAAGCAUGACUGUGCCUUGGUGAUUGCUGGGGACUCUCUUGAGGUGUGUUUAAAGUAUUAUGAGCAUGAAUUUGUUGAGCUUGCGUGCCAGUGCCCUGCUGUUGUGUGCUGCCGAUGUUCACCAACGCAGAAGGCUCACAUUGUAAAACUUCUACAACAGCACACGGGUCGACGCACAUGUGCCAUAGGUGACGGAGGUAAUGACGUGAGCAUGAUCCAAGCAGCUGACUGUGGCAUCGGUAUAGAGGGAAAGGAGGGGAAACAGGCUUCUCUGGCAGCUGAUUUUUCCAUCACCCAGUUUAAACACAUCGGCAGGUUACUAAUGGUACAUGGACGGAACAGUUAUAAAAGAUCGGCAGCACUCGGUCAGUUUGUCAUCCACAGGGGCCUUAUUAUUUCUACUAUGCAGGCUGUUUUCUCCUCAGUCUUCUAUUUUGCAUCUGUUCCUUUGUACCAGGGAUUCCUAAUGGUAGGGUAUGCCACCAUUUACACAAUGUUUCCAGUGUUCUCCUUAGUACUAGAUCAAGAUGUGAAGCCGGAGACUGCUCUCCUCUACCCAGAGCUGUAUAAAGACCUUACAAAGGGAAGAUCCUUGUCUUUUAAAACCUUCCUCAUCUGGGUCUUAAUCAGCAUAUACCAAGGUGGAAUUCUGAUGUAUGGAGCAUUGCUUCUCUUUGAAUCUGAAUUUGUUCAUGUGGUGGCCAUUUCUUUCACUGCCUUGAUUUUAACAGAGCUAUUAAUGGUUGCCCUAACCAUUAGGACUUGGCAUUGGCUAAUGGUUGUAGCUGAAUUCUUCAGCCUUGGCUGCUACGUGGCAUCUCUUGCUUUUCUUAAUGAAUAUUUUGGUCUUGGUAGAGUGUCAUUGGGAGCUUUCUUAGAUGUUGCCUUUAUUACAACUGUAACCUUCCUGUGGAAAGUGUCAGCAAUCACCGUUGUAAGCUGUCUUCCUCUUUAUAUCAUUAAGUACUUGAAGCGCAAAUUCUCACCUCCAAGUUACUCCAAGCUUACCUCUUAGACGUAGCUUUAUCCUAUGGGUAUUCCCGCCUGCUAGUCUAGCUGGGAAAUAGCGUUAGCUCCCCUGCUGUGUUCUAGUGUACUGCAGCCUUACCAAUAAGCUACUCACAUGAAGGUCCACAGAGGAACAGGAACUCAAGAUGAAAGGCUGUCUCUAAGAGGCUGGAAGAAGGGAACAUUUUAAAACCGAUAGAAGUCGGUUGAAAUGAAAACAAGAAUUUUAAUUAUCGUUUGGCUUGCUUUAAUUAAAUUGAGUUUUUAAUGUGCAAUUAGCAACUUUUUUGAAGAAGAAGAAGAAUAUAUUUUUUUCCUCCUGUCCUGACCUGAUGAAGGGAAAUACCAACUAAUAUUAAUACCGACUUGCAUACUUCAGCAAACACACUGAACAUUUGUGUUUCCUAUGUGCUGCUAUUAAUUUCUGCAUCAAAGCAUUGCUUAACAUGUGU